AUGGGUUCAAGUGGACUUUACAACCUUCACAGAGGACGAAAGGACAUGUUGGCUCUACUGUUCACAUCAAGUGGCAUUACGAAUGUAAUGACUUUGGUUCCUCUAGAAUCUAUUAUAACACUAGACAUCUAUUCUCUCGAAACGCAAAUAAACAAAACUAUUCUGCAAGGAAAAAUGUAGUUUCUCAUUUCUCUGUUAUUGGUGGAUCAAAUGUGACAAUUAUCAUCCCUGAUGUUGAUAGAGAUAAAAGUGGAUCAUAUUGCUGCGAUGUUGAUUGUGAUUAUAUAUCAGACGUGAAUUGCACAUUUCUCGUCAUAUAUGCUUUGCCUCGUAUCAACUACCUGACCUCACACCUGUCUGGUAAUCAAGGAGAUUCAAUAACAUUAAGAUGUAAUGCAUCUGGAUAUCCAGCACCUCGUGUUACAUGGACACAUAUGGAUACCAACAGAACAAUUGCCAAUUCCAGUGUGACGUCAUUCAACAUCACUGGUAAUGGAUCGGGAGGAAAGUAUUGCUGUCACGUGUCAAACGGUUUUGGGAAUGAGACUAAUUGUACGUCCAUUCAAGUAACAGAACCACCAAUUAUAACAACCAAGUGGGAUACUCUGAUUAACAUGAAGAACAAAAGCGUUCGAAUAAACUGUAAAGCCACAGGGAUACCGAGACCAAUUAUUACUUGGCAUAAUGCGACGAACAACAACGUCAUUUAUGAGGCAAAUGAAACCUUACAAGUAAAGAAUGAAGAGUGUAUAAAUAAAACAUUAGAAUACUACUGCAGGGCAUCGAAUAUUGUUGGAAACAUCACAAGUAAUAUAACAACUGUAAAAGUCUGGACAUUUUGCAAGAAGGAAAACUCUGCUGAUAAUGAUGACGAUGGAUCCAUUCUUCCUCCUGAAAAUCUGUUGCAAAUAAUCAUAGCACACAGCAGCAAGACCUGGGGGCAAAUGAAUGGGCCGAAGAGUGUCCCUAUGGAGAACCAGUUGAUGCAAUACGAGGGAGAAACGUAUUUCACACAUCUGCAAGCAAUGCUGAUUAUGCCACCGUGGAAGAGACUGGGUACAAACCGGUUAUCACUUCUAAAACAGUACAACAACCAACACGUGACGAGACAUCCAGUUCCAAGAAAGUGAAAUCUAACGUGGAACCCGUGUAUGCUAUAGUCAAUAAAAACAAAAAGAAGGUU